AUGACCAUCCCGAGACGGCUAGAGUUGCGCCCCAAAUUCAUCCAAGGCCAGGGGCUGCGCCUCCAUCCAGGACAAGGAGACAUGCCUGAGACGCUUGGCAAGCAUGCGCAUGCCGCAUCUGCAAUCUGUAGGUGCGCAUUCGCUGCUGGCCAUGUUGAGCUGUUGCUGUUUCGAGGCAGCACCGAUGGCAGCCCCAUCGCGGAGCAAUAUGGGUUCAAGGUCGCAGGGGAGGCUUGCGUGUGGUGUGGUGGGGUGCCGGAGGCUCAGGACUUCAAACACUGUCUCUCAACCCUCGCAUCUUAA